CCACUAUCUCAAUUUGAAGAAGACAUUACAGAUGAUGAGUCAAUAAAAUCUGAUCACACUAAUCGAUCACCAUCUACAACUAAUUCAGUUUUGAAUAAUCCUGUAGAAGUUGUAAAAGGUAAAACAUCUGAAUCACAAAAACUAUUAAAAAAACAAGAUGACCAAGAAGAUCCACAAGUGGAUGAAGCAUGUAAAGUAUUUAAAAUAAUUGCAGAAAAUAAAAAUGCUUUAACUGAAAAAGAUGAGUGUAUUUCAUUUGGAGAAUAUGUUACUACUCAAUUGAAAAAAUUUGACAGUCAUACUCGGGCUAUAGCUAAGCACCUUAUUCAAAAUACAUUAUUUGAGGCCGAAAUGGGCAAAUUACAACAAAAUUUUAGAAGACCUGCGUCAAUUCUACGAAGAUUCCGAAAAUGAGCAAGGCUUUUUUCGCAGAUCAUUUAAAUUUUUACCUUCCAGCAUUUAUUUAAUAAUUUUUCUUUUAGUUUCACAGUAUUUGAAGAUAAUAUUAUUUUCUAAGGCCAUGAUAUUGAAUGUAAAAUAUUAAACCAGUACAGUACUCACUAAUGACAAUAUGACAUUUAAAAAAACAAGUAUUGAGAUUGACAUACCCUGGUAUGAGUAAUUUAUACACAUAUUCAGGAGUGAAUAAUUAAUGAGCCAAUUAAAACGCCACAUGGAUAGGAAACAUAAUUUAAAAUCAAAUCAUUUCCAAUUGCAAAUUUGAUACCAUUAUUCUUAGUCUCUGUGUAUAACACUAUAUAUUACACUAUUACACUCAUUUAUUGUUAAAAUUAUAGUUAUAGAUUCUAUAAUUUCUUUCGCUCAUUAUCAAAACUUGAUUCAGAUUAAAAAGACUGAUGGUUAAAUUUAGUCUUGGCGAUUAUUCUCUUAGCAUAUCAUUCACAAAUUUGCUUAUUGUAAAUUAUUUAUUACAAAUAGUACAAUUAGUAAAAAGAAAAGUAAAAUUUAUUACUAACAGGAUAUGCUAAACAAGUUUUACUAAUUCAAAAAGAUCUUGAAAUUCAAUUUCACGCCGAGUUGUAAUAUUUUCUUCAUCGUCCAUAUUAAACUUGUGAUUAACAGCCAUAAAUUCUUUCACGCCAGCUAAUAAGAAUUUAUAAUAUAUAAUUAAUUUUUCUUUUAAUAAAUAUAUAUUUACAAUACUAGAUGUUAUUAUUACUAUUAUUAUUAACUUACAAAGCACUUCAAUUAAUAAUGUACUUCCAUUAAUGUGUUCUAAACGAGUUGUUAUUGUAGAUGAUACUGCAGCUUCACCAAGUUCAUUCAAGGCUAAAAUCUAUAUUUAUAAAAUAUUAAAGUUUAAUAAAAUAUAAUUUGUUCAUGAAAAGAAUCACAUACUUUAAAUUGUAAUACAUCAUGUAUUUGUAAUUCCGAAAUAUCUGUAAUUUUUAUUUUUGACAUACUUUUCCAAUCAACCACUUCUUCGUCAUUAUUUUCAGUUAUAUAAGUUUCAGUAUCUUUAUGGUUUUCAUUUUCAGAAUAAGAAAUAUUAUUAAAAUUAUUAUGUGCAGAUGCUUGACCGCGUACAAAUACUGGUACUUUGUUGACUUUCGAUUUAAACUGUUUUUCUUUUUUCCAAACUAAAAUAUAAUAGUAAAAAUUAUAACAUGUAAAUAUGGCUCAAACAAAUAUCAACAUACUUGGUUCAAUAUAUUUUUUUUCACAAUUUAAAGGCAAGGAAUUAUUAUGAACUAUUUCAUUUUUUAAAUGUAAAUUGUCUUCAUUUGAAGACUCUGAAUUAGAGAAAUUAUUAUCAUUAUUUAAUUUAAAACGCUUAUGCAUUUUACUAGUUUGUGUAAUAGGAAUGAUAUUAGAUGGAGGAACUUCAUCGAAGCUAUUCUAUAAAAAUUAAAAUUAAAUAAUUAGUACACUUAGGUAAAUACAAAAUUGAUUAAAUGCUUAAGUUACAUUUUCAAUUUGUUCAAUAGGCUUUAAUGCAGAUUCCUUUUUUUUAUGUGUCCUUUUGCGUAGUCUUUUUUUGGAACCUUUUGCUUGUAUAGAUAAAGCUUCUGAAUCUACCUCAACUGUUUCAGUCCAUGAAAUGUUGUCAGACGGCAAAACACUCGUAUCAACAUUGAGUUUAUUUGGUUCUGAAUAAUUACUGUUUUCUUUCACUGUUACACUAAAAAAAAAAAAAAAAACUAUGAAAUUAUUCUUUUGUAAUUGUUUCAAUAGUUAUCAGAAUGAUACAGCUGUAAAAAUUGUUUAUGAUUAUUGAUUAAAUAUCAUUUCAAAAUAUAUAUACUUACAUAAUUUCUUCAUUUUCGUGAAUUACAUAAAUAUCAUCUUCAUCAAAAAAUAGUACACCAUCAAGACAUAAUUCAAUUUCACGAGAUUCUUUCAAUACUCUUUUAAUCUUUUCUUUAAGGUGUUUUAUAUAUACAAUGCAAUUAACAUCUAUGUGAAGCCAAUAAGUGGAUGGAUUCCUGUUUGGAAUCAGUUUCAUAAGAUUUAAUUUGAUUCGCAUUAUAAAGUCCUAUUAUAUAUAAUUUAAUAGUUAAAAUAGUCUUGAAAUUGUAAUGUAAGUUUUUAAUUGGGUAUAUGUUGAAUUUGAACGAUAGGUAUAAAACUGAAUUUAAAUGAACAUAAAACAAACUGUAAAAUCAUGGUUAAAUAAACAGGCAUGUCAGCCAGAUAACAGUGUAUAUGAAAACAAAUGAAAUGGAUGGUCGAUGGGUUUGGUUCUUUUGGGGAAGAGAAACAGAUGAUAUCGAGAUUUUUUAAAAUUGUUUUAUUUGUAGUUUAAAAAUAAUCAUAUAAUAUUAUUUAUAUUAAAAUCAAUGCUACUAUUGUAUUAUUUUAUUUAUAAACUUAUUAAUUAUCUAUGUUUCAAGUAUUGUGAAACCAUACACGUACAAAGCCAUCCAACAAAUAGCAAUUCGACAUGAAGUCACAUAGUAACGACAAAGAGUCAUAUGACAAAAUGCCAUUAUCAAAAUUUGAUAAAAUACCGUCAUAGUGUCAUAUAACCAUUAUAAUAGACCCAUAGCCUAUAGGAAUAGACCUAAUAAAGUACUCUAUGCAUACAACACUACCAACCGUAAAUUUAGGUAUAACUUGUAAGUACUAAUAUCGUCGAAGAGUUAUCUGAUGAAUUAAUCACUCAUAUAGCUACAUA